AUGAGCGGUGGCGGCGGCAGCCUCGGCGGAGCGGAGCUGCCGCGAGCCCCCGCCCCCCUCUCGGAGCCUCCGCUUGAGGCAGCCGCCGCGAAAGCCACGGGGGUCCCCACGCCCUGGCCGGGCCCCAGCGGCCCCUCCGCGGAGGGCGAUGCGGGCAAGGGCGAGAAGCCCGAGACCCGCUCGGUGUGUAGCAAUAGCAGCGGGGAAGCUGGCGGACUCGGCGCCGGCCCGAUCUGCAAGAUCUGCUUCCAGGGCGCCGAGCAGGGUGAACUGUUAAAUCCUUGUCGAUGUGAUGGGUCAGUACGGUAUACACAUCAGCUUUGCCUGUUGAAGUGGAUCAGUGAAAGAGGGUCCUGGACUUGUGAACUUUGCUGUUACAGAUACCAUGUUAUAGCAAUUAAAAUGAAAAGGCCUUGUCAGUGGCAAAGUAUUACUAUAAGUCUGGUUGAAAAAGUGCAGAUGAUUGCUGUAAUUUUGGGAUCACUGUUCUUAUUAGCAAGUGUAACAUGGCUUCUGUGGUCGGCCUUCAGCCCUUAUGCAGUAUGGCAAAGAAAAGACCUCCUUUUUCAAAUCUGCUAUGGAAUGUAUGGCUUUAUGGAUCUAGUGUGCAUAGGACUUAUCAUACAUGAAGGUGCAUCAGUUUGCAGAGUAUUUAAGCGCUGGAGGGCUGUCAAUCUGCACUGGGAUGUAUUAAAUUAUGACAAAGCUACCGAUAUAGAAGAGAGCAACCAAGGGGAAUCCUCAACAGCUAGGACUUUGUGGUUGCCAUUAAAUGCACUUAGAAGCAGAAGUUUAGUUCAUCCAACACAGCUAACUUCACCAAGAUUUCAGUGUGGCUAUGUUUUGUUACAUCUCUUCAGUCGAAUGAGACCUCAAGAGGAUUCAUCAGAUGACAACAGCUCUGGAGAGGUUGUUAUGAGAGUGACUUCAGUGUAA